UUUAAAAUGCUUUCAUUUGGGUCCGUGAGCAUGUGCUGGGGUUUUUAUUUAUCAACGGAUAAGCGAAUUAGGACGCGCGUGUUAGACAAUUGGUGGAGGACAUACCAGGAGUAGAAAUUCCGCAAGCAAAGAGCAAAAUGAAAACGUUUAAAUUUCGAUAGAUGGUUGGGAAGAGAUAUCUAUCAGAGUUCACUGGACUGUUUCACACGUUUCCUUAUUGUUUCAAAAACGGGGCAAAUGCUGUAAGGUGAAGAGGAGAAAGGACAGGUUGAUGGAGAGGUUGACUUGUUAUUGAGAGACCACUUGACAGUGUAUUCAAGACGUUGCGCUCUCGACAAGGAUGGAGUAGCCCGUUUUCGGUCUUGAAUCUAAACAGUCUGUCGACAACCACCAAGAACUUGAAGCUGAAAAGAGCUUGUAUCAGCCAAGAAGUGAUAUCAACCAUUCUGCAAGUUUGCUCAAGUAGUGGUGUCCGGAGUUUGUGCACUCGUGAACGUGGAGGUUACUAUGCCACAAUGAAUCUGCUGCAGUUUGUCAUCCUCUGUGGAAUUUUGCAUACGCAAGUAAUAGGCUCGCGACUGCGCCAGGAGGACUCUCCUCCCCGGAUCGUGGAGCACCCGUCCGACCUGAUCGUGUCCAAGGGCGAGCCGGCCACGCUCAACUGCAAGGCGGAGGGCCGCCCGGCGCCCACGGUGGAGUGGUACAAGGACGGCGAGCGCGUGGAGACGGACCGCGACAACCCGCGCUCCCACCGCAUGCUGCUGCCCAGCGGCUCGCUCUUCUUCCUGCGCAUCGUGCACGGCCGCCGCAGCAAGCCCGACGACGGCACCUACGUCUGCAUCGCCCGGAACUACCUCGGCGAGGCCGUCAGCCGAAACGCCUCCCUGGAAGUCGCAUUGCUGAGGGAUGACUUCCGCCAGAACCCCCAGGAUGUGGUGGUGGCGGUGGGGGAGUCGGCCACCCUGGAGUGCCAGGCUCCGCGGGGGCACCCGGAACCCACCAUCUCGUGGAAGAAAGACAAAGUCCGGCUGGACCUGAAGGACGAGCGCAUUACUGUCCGUGGGGGGAAGCUGACGAUUGCCAACACACGGAAGAGUGACGCAGGGAUGUAUGUGUGUGUGGCCGCCAACAUGGUGGGGGAGAGAGACAGCGAGAUGGCCCAGCUGUCUGUGUUCGAGCGGCCCACGUUUGUGCGGCGGCCGGUGAACCAGGUGGUGCUGGUGGACGAGAGUGUGGAGCUGAGGUGUCAGGUGCAGGGGGACCCCUCUCCCACUCUGCGCUGGAGGAAGGAUGACGUGGAUGUGCCUCGAGGAAGGUACGAGGCGAAGUACGAGAAGGAGGACUUUGUGUUGCGGAUUAAGAAGGUGACCGUGGGGGACCAGGGCGCCUUCACCUGCAUGGCGGAGAACCGGGUGGGCAAAGUGGAGGCGUCGGCCACGCUCACCGUCCGAGCCCGUCCAGUGGAAGCGCCGCAGUUUGUGGUGCGGCCGCGGGACCAGAUCGUGGCUCAGGGGCGCACGGCCACCUUCCCCUGCGAGACCAAAGGGAACCCGCAGCCCACCGUCUUCUGGCAGAGAGAGGGGAGCCAGAGUCUGCUGUUCCCCAGUCAGCCGGCGCAGCCAGACAGCCGGUCCUCCGUGUCCCCGAGCGGAGAGCUGACCAUCAGCGGCGUGCAGCGCGCCGACGCCGGCUACUACAUCUGCCAGGCCCUCACCGUAGCAGGCAGCAUCCUGGCCAAAGCCCUGCUGGAGGUGUCCGACGCCAAUAAGGACCGGCCCCCGCCCAUCAUCCGGCAAGGGCCGGCCAAUCAGACGCUGGCGGUGGACGGCGUGGCGGUGCUGGGGUGCCAGGCGUGGGGGGACCCCGAGCCCACGGUGACCUGGCUGAAGGACGGGGUCAGCCUGCUGGGCAAGGACCCCCGCAUGUCCCUGCUGGAGCCCGGCAGUCUGCAGAUCAGAGGCACAAAGCUCUCUGACUCAGGCCUGUACACUUGCCUGGCAACCAGCUCUACCGGGGAAACCUCAUGGAGCGCCUUCCUGGACGUACGAGAGUCCAGUGAGCUGCCAGACUCAGUCUCCCACAAUACAUCUGCCCUGCCAGGGCCUCCCUCCAAGCCAGAGGUCACCGAUGUCACCAAGAGCAGUGUCUCGUUGUCGUGGCAACCGGGGCCCGAGGACGGCUCCCCGAUCUCCUCCUAUGUCAUCGAAGCCUUCGGGCAGCUCGUGAGUAACAGCUGGCAGACGGUGGCGGACCACGUGAAGAGCACCCAGUUCACGGUGAAGGACCUGCGGCCCAACACGGUCUACCUGUUCAUCAUCCGCGCCGUCAACGCCCAGGGCUUGGGUGACCCCAGUCCCAUGUCCGACCCUGUCCGCACUAAAGACAUCAGCCCUCCUGUGCAGGGCGUGGACCACCGGCGGGUCCAGCAGGAGCUGGGGGACGUGGUGGUCAACAUGCACAACCCCGUGGUGCUCAGCUCCACCUCUGUGCGCGUCACCUGGACGGUGGAGAAGCCCUCGCAGUUUAUUCAAGGUUACAGGGUUUUGUACAGGCAAACGUCUGGGCUACCCUCGCCCGGGGCCUGGCAGAGUCAAGACCUGAAGGUCCCCUCCGAGCGGGACAUCACUCUGUCUGGCCUGAAGAAGGGGGUGGUGUACGAGAUCAAGGUCCGCCCGUACUUCUACGAGUUCCAGGGAGCCGACAGCGAAUCCAUGACAGCUCGCACCAACGAGGAAGCCCCCAGCGCCCCUCCCCAGCAGGUGGCGGUGAUGACGGUGGGCAGCCACAACAGCACCUCCAUCAGCAUCUCCUGGGACCCUCCACCCACCGACCACCAGAACGGCAUCAUACAGGAGUACAAGAUCUGGUGUCUGGGCAAUGAGAGCCGUUUCCAUGUGAACAAGACGGUGGACGCGGCGAUCCGCUCGGUGGUUCUGGGCGGACUCCAGACGGGGGUGCAGUACCGAGUGGAGGUGGCCGCCGGGACCAGCGCUGGGGUGGGGGUGAGGAGUGACCCCCAGCCCAUCAUCAUUGGUGCUGAGCUGCAAGAUGUGAUGACGGGCGACGAAGGAGCCAAUAGCAUCACGGACGUGGUGAAGCAGCCCGCCUUCAUCGCAGGACUGGGCGGAGCCUGCUGGAUCGUACUCAUGGGCUUCAGCGCGUGGCUCUACUGGAGGAGGAAGAAGAGGAAGGGACUCAGCAACUACGCAGUUCAAUCCUUCACCUUUACCCGUGCAGUGACGUUCCAGAGAGACCGAGACUUACUGGGAAAUGGAAGUCGUCCUGGUCUGCUGAAGGCGGGGGACCCGGGCUUCCCGUGGCUGGCUGACUCCUGGCCCUCCACCAGCCUCCCUGCUAACGGCGCCCUGGGGGCUCCCAAGGACCGCGCCAACUACGGCCGCGGAGACGUCCUGCCCGCUGGCGGCGGCGAGAAGACGGGCACUAUGUUGUCGGACGGCGCCAUCUACAGCAGCAUCGACUUCACGGGCAAGGCGGGCUACAGCAGCCCGGCGCGCGGCUCCCAGGCCACGCCCUACGCCACCACGCAGAUCCUGCAGUCCAACAGCUUCCACGAGCUGGCCGUGGACCGGCCCGACCCGCGCUGGAAGGCCUCGCUGCGCGCCCAGCAGGAGAUGGCCAGCCUGGGCUACUCGCUCACCGACAGCCGCUGCGCCAACGGUGGGAAGGCCGGGAAGAAGAAGAAGGCCAAGAGCGGAAGCAAGACCACCAAGAGCAACGGCAGCUGCUGGGCCAACAUGCCCCUGCCUCCCCCACCCAUGAACCCUCUCCCAGGCACGGAGGUGGACCACUACGCCCCCGACCACCAUGGAGGAGGAGGGUACGACAGGGACAGCUGGGUCCCGCCGCUGCCCGUCCAGACGUACCUGCACCAGGGCCUGGAGGACGAGCUGGAGGAGGAGGAGGAGCGCGUGCCCACUCCGCCCAUGAGGGGCGUGGCCUCGUCCCCGGUGGCCGUCCCCUACGGCCAGCCGUCCUCGGCCUCCUCGCUGGGCUCCGUCCACCACGAGGAGAUGCAGUCCAUGCUGCAGGCCCACCUGGACGAGCUGACCCGCGCCUACCAGUACGAGGUGGCCAAGCAGUCAUGGCACAUAAAGGGCAGCCCGCUGCCCCCCAAGGCCCCCGCUCCCCCCGUGGGCUACGUGUCCAGCACGCUGGCCUCUGACCUGGGACCGGACAUCAUGACGGACGGGGAGGACGAGGACGGCGACAGCGAGGAGUACGACCUGUCACGGCCGCUCUGCAAGCUGGACUACACGCCCGGCCGCAGCAUGGACAACAUGGAGGGGCCCGGCACAGGGAAGGCCUACUCCUCACGGACUCAGCCCGACAGCCCCCUCUCCUCAGACAGCAGCCUGCUGGGCACGCAGAGCCUCGGCCACCGGAGGGCGCCACCGGCCCCACGCAAACACCGGGCAGAGACGACAGGCGCCACUGAGCCCCGCAGGGAGCCCAACCUCAGCGUCGGGCACCCUGGUGCCUCGGAGCCCCUCCACAGUGUGGGGGCCCGCCUGCACGGCUCCUGGGGCACCAUCGGAUCGGACACGCCCGACGAGUGCCUGGUGUCCACCCUGGAGCGACAGCACAUGGGACCCUGGGGCGGCUCGGCCUCCUCCUCCUCCAGGGGCACCCUGGGACGCGGCGUCCACCCGAGGCCCUUCGCCGACCAAUCAGAGAGCGGGCGCCUGGGCCUCGGCAGCAUGGAGUCCAACCACAGAGAGUUAUAAUGGCCCGUCUGAAUGAAGAACUGGACCUUUCACUGCCCCCCCACCCCAGACGAGGGACUUCCCGUUGAACCUGUGCAAUGAAUCUCUCUCCUUCCUGGUGUCUCCCAGAAGAAGAAAGGAGGGAAAGAAUAAAAAGGAGAGAGAGAGAGAGUGAUAGAAAGAAAAAAGAGAUGAAAAGGAACUGAUCGUGAUGUACAGACACAUGGAUACACAUCUCACUAUGCGCCCACCUCCCCUACCCCACUGCCCCCUACCCUUCCUCCUUCUAGGAGAAUAAUCUCACAUCCCCCCCCCCUUCCUUGAGUUUUGU